ACAAUUAUUCUAGAAAAUAUUGCAUUUCAUGUGAAUCGUAAAAAGUUGCCACUCGAAUUAUGUAUCGAAAUUUUCAAUACUUGAAGUGAAGACAAUUGUUUUGAAAUUUGACAAUGUUAACUUAUAUGGGGAUCUUUGUGUAGAGACAGGAUAUUUUGGGGGCAGAAGCAGAAGUAGAUGAAGAAUGAGCAAUGCCCUCUCUGGGACUCGAACCUCGGACCUCUCGAUACAUGCUGAGUAUGCUGAUCACCACGAAGGCAUUCUAACAAGAAGGCGGAAGAAAUACCUUAUACAUGUAGUGAAUAUAAGUUUUCGUUUACAGUGUUUUUGAUGAUGAUCACAUUAUCUCUAGAAUUCUUUACAUUGAGUUGGUUCCAAUGGUUGUUUAAGACUGCCAUGCAUGCUCUUUGAUUCUCUGUGUAGUGAAGUCUUUUGGUAGCUUCCAGGAAAGGUUGAGGCCUGUGACUUCUCCUUGAACUGCAUAUGGUUCUUGUAUAAAUCUUACAUCUGUGUGUUGCUCCAGUGCAUAUUGGACUAAGGAGGAAUAUGCUGCUGCUAUACUCCUAAACAAUUUAAUGUGAACACAUUUUAUUCUGUUGCUUGAAUUUGUGAUUCUUGUUAGCAGUGUUGAGUGAUUCUGUGAUUUGCUCAUGAAGUGUCUUGAGCUAUUUUCAAUCUGAAUGUUUAUUUGUAUCUUUGCUUUGCAAUGAUGCAUAUUUUUGGUACCUUUCUCUGAGAUUUCUGUAUUGUUAGUUAGAUUUUUCUUGUGAAUAUUUAAUUCUAGUUUCUACUUUUUGGAUCUCUCACUGGUACAUAUUGGUAUGGUACCUGCUGGUAGUAGAGAGCAUAGACAGCAUGUGGGAUGUUUAAUUCUGUUCUAUUUGCAUUAUUAUAAAGUUUGCAAUUGAUACAUUGGGGGGGGAGGUUGCUUGCAGUAUAUUCGUUUAGUUGGAGGGGCAUGCAAUUAGGACAUGGGUGGAAAACUGAUUAUAAUAUUGAUAAAAUAAAAAAAAAGAUUCUAUCUAUAUUCCUAUAACUUGGGAAACAUCCCUUGCAUUAUUUGUACACUGUGUGAUAAAAGGGAAAAAUUUUUGGAAAAGAAGUGGUACUUUCUAGUUGUCUGCACCCUGAUCCAAAUGUUAUAAAAAGCUAUUGAUGAGUCAAAGCAGUAUGUCUUCAAAAUCUCUUGAUGUUACCAUCUAUGUGGCAUCCAGGUAUAUAUGUAACAGCCAGGCACAACUGUGAUUAUAAAGAUCGGAAUGGAAAAUAAAGUAUCAAAAGAAAGUUGUGUGUCUCCUCCAUUACCCCCACCCCCACCUCCACCUCAAGUGCCUUACAGGAAAACUGAUUCAACCAACCUUAACGAUACAGACAGUAAAAGUAAUUGUAAAAUGUCAAAUGAGUGCAUCAUAUCAGCAGUUAGGCAUUUGUUUAGUGAUGAGAAGCUAACUGCUCUCAUAUCAUUUUGCAAACCUACAAUCCCCAUUAUUCAAGAAGGACGAUGUUGUGGCAUUGUUGCAUUAUCAAUGGCUAGUCAGUUUAUCCAGAGUGCACCUGUUCAAGUUAUUCUUGAAAAAGCUAAAGCUCUAAAUUUUACUAAAGAGGGUGAAUUAUUUUCUGCUUAUAACAUGGCAACACUUGCUUCUGAUUUGCUUCACUGUGAUGCGUCUGUUGUUGAUGAUGUUCUUGUUCACAAAAAAGACAUCUUACAUCAUAUAUGUGAGGGAUGGCCUGUGCUAAUUCCCUAUGAUUCAGAUAAAAAUCAUUUUCCAUGUUCCAAUAAAGGACAUUCUGCCCACUGGGCGGUUAUUACCGGAUUAUGCUUCUCAGUGUCUGAAAAACUUGAUUUGCAUUCUCUUCCGUAUGUACAAAAAUUCAAUGAUUUUCCAGAAUUGAGUUUGAUUAUAAGUAAAAAUGGCUCAUAUGUCAAAACAUUGCUGGAUUAUGCAGAAAGAAUAUUUGUGUAUGCUCGACAAGGAAAAAGUAAACAUUUAGCUGCAUGGGAUUUGAAUGAACUUCUUGCAAGCAAUAAUAAUUUGUUUGAAGUCACAAAAAAGUACAGUUCAGACCAGUUGGUCCUUCCUAAAAGUGGUUUAUCAGAGCUUAGAGAUAAAGCAGUGCUACUAAAAAUGAGAGAGUCUUAAUUUUGUUUGAGAAGUACUAUUUUGAAAAGUUCAUAAUAAAUUAUUUUCUUAUUGAA